AUGUUCAGAGCUACGUUGGCAAAAUAUGGAGUUAAGAAGCAUAAAGUGGUGACACCAUACCACCAGCAAACCAGUGGGCAGGUUGAAAUCUCUAAUCGAGAAAUUAAAGCUAUCCUUGCCAAGACUGUAAAUUUUAGCAGGAAGGAUUGGUCAAGGAAGCUGGACGAUGCCUUAUGGGCAUACCAAACGGCUUUCAAUACACCUAUUGGAAAGUUGCCGUACCAAAUUUUUUAUUGCAAGGCAUGUCAUUUGGUGAUUGAGAUAGAGCAUAAAGCAAUUUGGGCAUUGAAGCAGCUUAACUUGAAUUGGAAUGAGGCAGCGAAUAUGAGACUGGGGCAACUGAAUGAGAUGGAUGAGUUACUUCUUGGAGCUUAUGAUCGGGUUGAUCUAUAUAAGGAAAGAAUGAAGAAGUACCACAACCGCAGGAUUUAA